GGACCAUCUUAUACCGUCGAUACAGCAUGCAGUUCUACUUUUUAUGCUAUGGCCAUUGGUUAUGAUUGUAUCAUGUCAGGCAAAUGCGAAGAUGCAAUAGUUGGAACUGCACAAUUAUGUUUUCAUCCUUUUGUAAACCUGCAAUUCGCUCGACUUGGUGUUUUGUCACCCGACGGUUAUUGCAGACCAUUUGAUAGCGCUGCUAACGGUUAUGCGCGUAGUGAAACAGUGGCAGUGAUAUACCUUCAAAAAGCGAAAAAUGCUAAGAGGAUUUAUGCCAUAUAUCCGUAUAUUAAACUAAAUAGCGAUGGUUACAAACCAGAAGGAAUAACAUAUCCUUCAUCACAAAUGCAAUAUACCUUACUAAAGGAAUUUUACGAAGAAUGCAAAAUACCAGCAUCUUGUUUGGAUUAUGUCGAAGCACAUGGUACCGCUACCAAAGUUGGCGAUCCUCCAGAAAUUAAUGCUAUCUAUAAUGUUUUGUGUAAAAAUAGAGAAACUCCGUUAAUGAUAGGCUCUAUAAAAUCCAACCUUGGGCAUACUGAACCUGCGAGUGGUUUUAAUCAAAUCGCUAAGGUAAUAAUAGCAUUCGAAACUGGCCUUGUUCCACCAAAUAUCAAUUAUACAUCACCAAGAAAAGAUAUAGAUGCUUUAAUAAAUGGAACUAUUCGUGUCAUCCAAGAACCAAUACCACUUCAAAAUGGUUACGUAGGAAUUAAUAAUUUCGGUUUUGGGGGAUCCAAUGCUCAUAUAUUAUUAAAAUGGAAUCGUAAACAGAAAGUUAAUAAUGGAGCACCGAAUGAUAAUUUACCUAGACUUGUAAUAUUAUCUGGACGUACUGAAGAAUCAGUGAAGUUGUUUUUAAACGAUAUUGCUAAUCGUCCGAUAGAUGUAGAAUAUAUUCGUUUAUUACAUGACAUCUAUGCAGACAAUAUAAAUGGUCAUCCAUGGAGAGGGUACGUUAUACUGAAUACUUUCCAAGAAGAUUCAAUAAAGAAAAUACAAAAUUGUGGAAGCAUGAAAAGACCUGUUUGGUUUAUAUUUUCAGCCUUAGGUUCUCAAUGGCCAGGAAUGGGUCAAAACUUAUUAAAGCUUCACGUCUUCGAAAAAGCGAUAAGAAAAUGUGAUAAUGUUUUAAAACCAUAUAGUAUAAGUGUUAUAGAUAUUUUGACAAAAAAGGAAGAAGAAAUAAGCAAAAAUGCAUUAAACACUUUUCUUGGAAUCGUCGCUAUUCAGAUUGGUUUAGUAGAUCUUCUAACAUCCUUAAAAAUUACUCCCGAUUACAUAAUUGGUCACUCUGCCGGUGAACUUAUUUGCGCAUACGCAGAUGAAUGUCUUACGAUUGAACAAACUAUUUUAUCAGCAUACUUUAUCGCUGCAUAUGUUCCAUUUUUAUAUAAUCAGGUCAAUAAUAUUUACGUGAAGGAGAUUUACUGCAAUGUACCGUAUCACAGUUCUUACCUCGCACCGGCGAAAAAUCAGCUUCUGCUUAAUUUGAAUAAAAUAAUACCACAGCCAAAAAAACGGAGUUCAAAAUGGAUCAGCACUUCUAUACCUCGCACCGAAUGGUUCAGUUCAGCAUCAAAGUUAUCAUCGGCGGACUAUCAUACUCGAAGCAUAUUAAACACUGUUCUAUUUCAACAAACAACAGAUUUAAUUCCAAGUAACGCUGUGGUCAUCGAAAUCGCACCAGACGAUGUUCUGCAGCACAUUUUGAGAGGAUCCUUACAUCCAAACGUGACAAACCUUGUAUUAACUCGACGCACCGAACAAAACAUUAAUAUAAUUUUACAAGGAAUUGGAGAGUUGUAUAAUUGUGGUUUACAGCCGCAAAUUACUAAAUUAUACCCACCAGUGCAAUUUCCAGUUAGCCGAGGAACUCCUAUGAUUUCCCCAUCAAUCAGAUGGGAUCAUUCUGAAAAUUGGUAUACACCGAGUCAAAAAGAAGAGUUUAUAAAAUCGAGAGGGAGAUACGUCAACAUUUUAAUCGACGACGAGGACUAUGAAUACAUGAACGGUCAUGUAAUUGAUGGGAGAAAUUUGCUACCCGCAACAGGUUAUCUGGGACUCGUUUGGAAAACAAUUGGCAUGAUAAAAGGAUUAAUGUACACAACAAUACCGAUAGUUUUCCGAGAUGUAAAAUUUAUUCGUGCUACUCAUUUAUUGAAAAAUGACACUGUACAAUUGUAUAUUGCAAUACAGACAG